GUUCAAUUGCACAAGUGUGCUUCAUUGUAAUCAAUAUAGGUUUGUUUUGUGAUUAGAAAUCAGGUGUAUUGAGCCAAUACACUCUUAUUACACUCUUAUAUUUUCAAUGGUUGGAGGAUAGACUAGUACAGGCUACUGGUGUACAAAUUCACUUGUGUUCGUAAUUAGUGUCCGAAACAUAACUAAAGAGGUAUCAAGGAAGGAUAUCCAUGAAAAUAAUAUAGGCCUACUUUACUGUAUCUCACAAGUCAUUCGCAAACAAUAAUACGCAAGAUGCAGCUGAUGCUAGUGAUGCUGGCAUUGAUGUUGGAUGCGAGUCGCGCAAUGCAGGAGGUGGCCUCUGAAGCGGCGUUCAUCCAGCUGCUAGGCGGCUCGGUGGGCGCUCUCUACGUCACAGACGGACAGGGUGAUCCGGACAUUUCGACGCUCGAGACUGCUUGCAGCCAAGUGCCAUCGGUGGUCUGCGCAUACGGAGUGCAGAAGCAAGGCAACGCAAUUGAUAAAGGCCUGUUCGGCCGCUACAACCCCGGUCAGGUUGGCUUCUUCAAGGAUGGCCGUUGGGCUUCAACUCUCUCCGUCAAGGGAGAUUUGAUUGCUAAGCUCAAAACUCUCACCGGAGCCCGUUAAUUCAAUUUCUAUCUUCAUUUUUCAACAACUCUAUCGAAUUUUCAUCUUCUAUUUAUCACUACUUACGGCAUCUUUUAGGGCAACUCAAUAUAUUUGACGAAAUCAACCACCUCUUAUAGUCAGCCCAAUGAAAAUAGACCGAUGAAUAUUUCCCAAUACAAUUCAAUUUAUUCGCAACACACAAGAAUACAAUGAGAAAAUGCAAUAUACAACAAAACAAUAGCAGUAACAAUGAUAUUAACACAUUAAAGACAAUAUUGCUAAAAUGAUUUGUGCUGGAAGAAAGAGGGGGAAACUACCUUGCCAACUAUGGUCCCCCAUGUAAUAUGCAGGUAAGGUAAAACUGAAAGGGAAGGGUGUGUGAUAGGGAAGUGAAAGAGGGUAGUUAGAUAGGCAGGGCUGGGGGAAAGGAAGAUGUGAAAUAACAAUAAAGAUAACGGUUACAAUAAUUUGAAGAUUAAAAAAAUAAUUGCUUUUUAUCCAAUUAAUGAUUUCCUGCUCCAUUUCCUUUGUAAUUUCAGCAUUGUUGAGAAGAUGAUCCAGAAUUUUAUUGAUUAUUAUAUUACUUAGAUAAAUAAGUUGCCGUCCAAUUGUUUCAAUAUUAGUAUUAUUUAUAUCAAAUACUUAUUUGAAGUAGGUCUCAAGCUGUGAUGUCUAUUUAAUGCGUUGUUGGUACAUGGGGAAUUUGUUCUAUUUUUUUAUUAAAGAUUUGAUUACAUUUUCAACAUAAUAUAACUGUCUAACUGUCAAAACCUUGAAUUCAUCAAAUAUAAGGUCAGUCGAGAAAAAUCUGGGUUUAUUAAAAAUAGAUUUAAUAAUUAUUAAUUCCUGCAUUAUGAACAGUUCUUCCAAAUGGGAAUUAUAACACCCUCCCAUACUGCUAUUCCGUAUUGGAUUAUAGACUGUACUAGGCCUAUAGCAAAAAAGAGCAUUUUAAGAUGAGUUGGAUUCAGAGUUUUUUUAGUUGCAUGAAAUUUGUAAAGAGGUAUUUCAUCCUUCUGCAAAUGAAUUCGAUAUGGAUAUAUUAAACCCAUUUCAGGCUCUUAUUUAUAUAGAUAUCUAGAUUGCUAGAUAUUUACAAUUUUUAACUUUACUAUUGAUAGGACAAGUGCAGGAGUUGGGGUCAAGGCUGCAAUUUGAAUGGCAGAGUUUCAAGUUUAAUUCUUUUUCUGGCUGUCCUAAUUUAUUGGAAGGAAAAGAAAUAUAUUUGGUUUCUUGUAUGUUCAAGCUCGAAGUAUUUUUAUCUAGCUACUUUUUUAUACUCAAUCAAUUUUGCUCUAUAAUUUCAUGGAGCCAAUCAGAAGACCAACCAACCAGUAGAAAAAUUCCUCUGCCAGAAGAUACAACUCCAACAACGACUAGGAUCAGCCCUGGCUGAAGCAGAAGUCAUCGCAUUGCUAACAAACCAACUGAACCAUGAACUCCGGACCCUGGUCCAGGCAGCACGACCACAGGAUCUCACCUGCACCAGUGUCAACAGGCAAUCAUUCAGCAGCAGCUUCCAAGUGCCACUUCUGUCCUGAGUACACUUCCUAAGUACUCACUUCCACCGGGACUGUCCAGUGAAAACAAGGGCACCACCAAUCAACUACACACCACCAGCUCCAAAAUGUCAUUCCUUUCCCGAGUAUCACUACCACCGAGAUUCUCCAGUACAGAAGGCAUCAAGGCAGGGAAAUGACAAUACUGGAGGGAAUCAGACCCCACCUUUCCAUCAAAGACACAGGU